AUGCUGCGCCGCAAUACGUCAGUACCGGUGCUGCAGCUGCGCCUGCUCACCACAGCGACACCGCAUCCCUCAAGAUACGCCGCCGGCUCGGUUGCACUCCUCGCCACUCGCCGCGCCUUCUUUGGCAGCUUCGGCAAGCAGUCUGGCAACGCGGGUAGCGCUGGGACCUCGUCCGGGACGACGACUGGCAGCUGCGCCGGCAACGCAAGCAGCACCCCCAGUAAGAACCCGAGCACCGGGGUACCGCCUGGCUUCCCGCCCGGGCUUGACCUACGUGAACUGCAGACCAUGCAGCAGCUCUUCAACAGCCAGCCCAAAGAACGGCAAGAGCAGAUGAUGAAGCAAGCGAUGGAGAUGCAGAAGCUGAUGCGCAAGAUCCCGGGCUUCGGGAAGCUGGCGCAGAAGAACACGAAAGUACUGGAGGAGCUCCUAAAGAUGCCUCCGCAGACACCACCACCGCCCUCUUCCUCCACCACAGCGACGUCGGCGAAUACUAAACCGGCAAGCGCGUCCUCCACGAGCGUCGCCGCGUCUGUAGCGUCGUCUCCGCGGCACGACCUCUUUAGUAACGCUGGUGCUUUGAACUCCCAGCACUUGAACGGAAGCGGUAGCAGCGGUGGACCCUCCUUGGACGAGCUGAGGAAAGUAAACCUCGGCCCAGAGAUCGAGGCUCUCUUUCAAGAGCUUCGCACCAUCCGAAGCCGCAAGAAUGAGUACCGUGACAAGUACCACCAAGUCCAGUCCGCAUUGGAAAAACUAGAGCGGGAACACAAGGAUGUGAGCACACGUGAGGCGAGCCUACGGAGCAAGCUGACCAAGGCAGAACAGGAGGUAAUGCUGCUCACCUCCGAGAACAUGGAGCUGCGCGACAGCAGCAAGAGUGUAAAGCAGCUCACACAGUCUAACAGGCAGCUCAAAGCCGAAGUAGACCAGCUGAAGACAGCUGCCCAGUCGAGCACCGCUCCGGGCACGACGACGUAUGCUGAUCUGCAGCAGCUGCUGCAUGAACGCGAGGAUGCACUCCGUUCCCUACAGCGAAAGUUAGACCGCAUGCGUCGCCGAGAUCCCCUGCUGCAGUUCUCGAUUGCCUGCAGCAACGUUAGCCGUCUGUGUGCCAGCCCCAAGGGCGGCGAUGACGCAGGGGGCACCGACGCUGCCGCCGCAGCAGCAAGUGAGGCAAGUCAGGAGGCAGCCGAGAAGGCCUUUGCGGAGCUGCAGACCAAGUACCAGGAGCGCCAGCAAGCGGCCUGGGAGGCGGCGGUACACGAUCACGCUGCGGCUGCUGUUGCAUACGUGGCGGUGGUGCGACGCUACGUAAUGCGCAGCGUACCGCACUCGAACUACGAUGCAGUCGUCGCAUUCACCGGCGAUGCGGCGGCUCUGCACGCGUGUUUUUCUGGCAUAGGCUUCCAGGUAGAGAUGCUCGCUGGAGAGCAUGGAAAGGCGCACGUGACAGCCACGGCAGACGCCUUGCCCUUCUCCACCACACCAGGGCCGUUUGGCUACGCGCUUGCACUGAGCCUGUCAAGCGGCAUGGCCAGGGUGGAAAGCGGUAGAGCCGGUGCCACCCUUCCGCCCCCUGCGUUCACAGUGACAAGCGCGCACCCGUUCGUCUCUGCCAUCCUUGUGCAGAACACAAAGCGGUGCAGAGUCACGUACGACACGGCACGCGCCAGCGGCCCCGGUGGGCAGGCGACGAACGUCGCAGAGACACAGGUGUACGCCAAGCUUGCGAUUGACGGUGCCCCGGCGUUCACAGCAGAGGCGCAGGAUUCGCGCAGCGCGCUCAGCAACAGGGAGGCCGCCCUUGACAAACUUCACCAGCAGCGCCGCCUGCAGUAUAACGACACACUGGCAAAGCAGGAGAAGGUCGAACUGGUGAAGGCGCAGUUAGUGGCCAACAUACGUGGCCAGGGCGGCUUUGCCUUGGAGGAGGACGUGCACCGCCUGGUGCAAGAGGCAGUUAUAGCGAAGCGGGUGACUGCGGGGGAUGCCGCGCUCGUGAAGAUGCUGCAACAGCUUGGUCUCUUGGCCAGUGCGGCUUAG